AUGAGUUUUAACAAGAGUAAUAACAGCAGUGGAGAAUUAUCUGACCGAGUAGUAACACCACUCAGAAUGUUCAGACAAAUCUCUCCACCUUCAUAUGAUAAUAUUCAAGCACUCUCCGACUCACCUCUUCUUGACGAUCAACAACAAACUAAAGCUAACAAGAAGAGUGUUACAUCUUCUGACCUUGAUAAACAAAUGGCCAGACGGAAAGAAUUAGAAUUGUGGAGAUUAAAGAAAAAAGUAUCCACUACUACAUCAUCUACAACACCAACCUCUAUUAGCACAUCAAAAGUUCCCCAACAAGCUCCAAUAACAUCAGCCCAAAUUACAUCUCCAUUCUCUAGUCAUCAACGAUUGAGGAGAACUCAAAAUAAUCCAUCAACAAGUAAUGCUCCUGGUAAUUCUACCAAACCAACCACCCAUAAAUUGCUCUUUUCUGAAUUGUCACCCAGAAGAGUACUUCCAGAAUCAAGAAAGAGAAAAUCAACCACAGAGCAACAACCUUCUAUUCAUCCUCCUCCAAAGAAAACACUCACCAAUAAUAAUAGAGGCAACAUUUACAAACCAGAUACGAGAAAUGUACAACCAAUUCACACUAGUAGACCACCACAAGUUUCUACAACUAAAUUCAUACCGAGCAAACAUCAAGCAGCCAAUGAAACUAAUCAAUUGAAUUUAUCAUCAAUCUUAAUUGUUGAAGAUAGAACACUUUUUGAGGAAGAUAAACACAUGCUGGAUAAUAUUGUAAAAAUUACAGACUCUUUAGAAGAUCCUACAUUAGUUCAACAAGAACAGAUAUCAAAUUCCAUCAACAACCAAAGAGAAAACGACACCCAAAUACCAACAAGUAUGGCACCAAAGAUUGAGGAAUCAAAAACUAACACCAGUUUUGCCAACAAUGAACCAUCCAUACUGCUUGACGUAUCCUAUACUGGAUCAGAACCAAGAAGCGCCAGAAAAUCCAUGAAGCAAAAGAGUUUCAUUUCUAAUCCUGCCAAUUCUGUUGCUUUCUCUCCACUUGUUAACAAAUCCAAGUCAUUAACUGCCAGCUUACUUACUCCUGUCAAUACAAUGGAAUCUCUAACAAGAGUUGGUGGCACCAAUGACAAAAGUUUGUUUGGUGAAUUCUCUCUCCUAGACGAUUCAAAACCAUCAACAACUAGAGGAGCCUCACAACUCUUACCAGAUCUUACCAAUCCAACAAAUCUAAGUUCUCUUACCAAAACAAUCAAUCUUAAUACUAGCAUAUCGAAUGAUUUAGACCAACUAAAAUUGAAAAUAUUUGAAUUGGAAGAGAAUCUGAAGAGGGAAAGAAAAGAAAAGGAGAUGUGGAUGGAAAAAUAUAAGAAUCUAUUACUCUCCAAUAAUCAACAAUCAAUUGGCACCAAUACCUCUCUGCUUUCUAGGAGUUUUACAACACUCGAUCCAAAACCAUCAUUAUCCAAUAGAAGUUUUAACAAUGGUAGUUUUUUAACAGAGCCAAUAAAACGAUAA